UUUUAAGCUUUAGACAGGCCCCAAUGGCGGUGCCGCUGCUCUGCUUCUAUUACCUUAACUAACAACUUGCUACCGUGCUAAACGACGAGAAUAAUACCCAGAUUCUUCUCCUCCCAGCCCUUUCCGUUUUCUCGCCCUCCAAACGCGGCCCCCAUUAAUUAGUUUUAGCCUACACGAAAAGAGAGAAUAAAAGCUUUAGAGAGAGAUCUUUUUUUGUUUGGGUUAAUUUGUGAGUUGUUCUCAUUUGAUCUUUGAUUAUCGCUUGAAAUGCUGAGGCUCUUUAAGGUUUACCAGGUCUUCUUCACCGUUCUUCUAAUUGUCUCUGUUUUUCUCUCCUUCUUCACCGAGUAGCGUGCUCCGGUUUCCGCGUCGAAGUUUCGGCUCCAAUUAGUGAACCCUUUGUGCUUGAUUGGGCUCUUGCCUUUGUCACCGAAUGUGAUGCUGUUUUGGCUACUUUAGGAGUUGCAUCUGCAAUUAGUCAAUUCUUUUAUGAAAUUUUUAUUUCUUCUAUACCUAAAACACGUAAUGCUGAUUUUUUAAUUUUAAGUCCAGAGUUUAGCAAAAGAUGGCUGCUGAGCUUGUCAGUUCUGCAACAAGUGAGAAACUGGCUGAAAUGGAUUGGGCGAAAAACAUUCAAAUCUGUGAAUUAGUUGCUCAUGAUCACAGGCAAGCUAGAGAUGUCAUUAAAGCUAUCAAAAAACGGCUGGGAAGUAAACACCCAAAUACUCAGCUCUAUGCUGUUAUGCUAUUGGAGAUGUUGAUGAACAAUAUUGGAGAACAUAUUCACAAGCAGGUGCUCGAUACAGGGAUUCUCCCCAUACUUGUGAAGACAGUCAAGAAAAAGUCAGACUUGCCUGUAAGGGAGCGGAUUUUUCUUCUGCUAGAUGCCACGCAGACAUCCCUUGGUGGUGCUACUGGAAAGUUCCCCAAGUAUUAUGAGGCAUACUAUGAAUUGGUGAGUGCAGGAGUACAAUUUCCAGAAAGGCCCCAUGCUGUCCCAUCAAGUAAUCCUAUACCACAAGCAAAUAAGACUGAUUUACCUAAUGGGGAACUAACCUCCUCUAGGAAUGAAGAGGUUACUCGGCAAGCAGAACCACCGAUUGUUCCUGAGUCUAGUAUAAUUCAGAAGGCAAGUAAUGCUUUAGAGGUUUUAAAGGAAGUCCUUGAUGCUGUUGAUACUCAACAUCCUGAGGGAGCAAAGGACGAGUUUACACUUGAUCUGGUGGAACAGUGUUCAUUUCAAAAACAAAGAGUGAUGCAUCUUGUGAUGACUUCUCGGGAUGAGAAGGUGGUUUCUCAAGCAAUUGAAUUGAACGAGCAACUCCAGAAAGUUCUUGCAAGACAUGAUGACCUUCUUUCAGGUAGGCCUACAUCAACUGCAAAUCAUUUUAGCCUUGAUGAAACAGAGGAAGAGGAGGCCGAGCAGCUUUUCCGAAGAUUACGAAAAGGAAAAGCUUGUGUCAGACCUGAAGAUGAAGAGCACUCAGCAGAGCGCCCCCACUUGGGUUUGCUUGGAUCCUCCAUUCCGGCAGAAAGGCUGAACCGUCCACUUAUACGACCAGUGAGUUCAGAGCCAUCAAGUGAACGGAAUAUCCAUCAUCCAUCUGUCGCAAUCUCACCCCAUCCAAGACACGUUGAGAGGGAGUCUCCACCUCUUGCAAUGGUGCCUCCAAAACACAUUGAAAAGGACGUCCCACAAGUUGUGAUUCCACCCCCACCUGCAAAACGAGUUGAGAGGGAGAGAUUCUUCCAAGAAAACAAGAUUGAUGGUGCUGGUUUGAGCGGUCAUAUGAGGGGCCUCUCAAUACACAGUCGCGGCACAAGUAGCUCUCGCAGUGGAAGCACAGACUUCAGUGAUUGACUGCAGUUAAAAGGACCUUUCUUCUAUUUGUUGUUUCAGAGUCUGUAUUUUUAGUUUAUAAUUAUAAUAUGGUAGUGGUGUCCGAUUUGCCUGUGCGGGGUGGGUGCUGCGGAAAGAGAAAUGACAUGACUGCUUUAGUUUUAUGAUACAUUAAAGGGUUUUGCA